AUGGGUCUGCAGAUACUCGGCCACCUGGGUCUGUCAGAUAUCAUUUGCUUGAUUGUACAAGCUGUGGGAGCCGCAUCCGCUGCCAACACGAAGACAAGCGCUUCGACGAGUGCGAACAUUAUGCUAGGAGGAAUUGCUGCUCAGCUUUACGGCCUCGCAUAUCGGAGAAAGCCUGAGGCCAACGUGCUCCGUUACCGUGUACUCAAAUCCGUCCUUAUAUCGGGGUACCGUACUGUGGAGGUCGCCAAUGGAUGGGCUGGGCCACCGAUUACGAUAGAGGGCUACUUUAGUUCGUUGUCACUACGAAGAGACGAUGGGCCAUCACAUUCAAGUUUACUAAUAGAGCAGCUGUGA